ACUCAUUGUAACACUUGUCUCCUAAUUCCAUCGAGCUUGAGCUGCAGUAUCUGAAAGCUCGUUUUGUGUUUUGGAGUAGUCUCCAAGUUUGAUUCCGAAUUGUCGUUUUCCACUAAUUGACAUCGAAAUGGCUCCAAACAAGAACAUUGAUCGGUCUUAUGACCAGUGCAGCUAUCGACUAUGUGGUGAGAGUCGAGAGACGAUGGGAGCACGUUUACGUGCCUGUAGUCGGUGUAAAGUAAUGCAUUACUGUUCCAAAGAAUGCCAGAAAAACGACUGGCCCAAUCAUCAGAAGGCAUGCAAGGAGAUGGCGCACGAGCGAGAUAUCGUCAAUGCCCAAUUUAAUGGCGAAUGUGUCUACCAAUAUUUCUGCCGAUGGAUCCAACGCCAUUGGCCUACCCUCAUUGACGCCCUCCUUGCCAUUCUGGACAUUUCCACAAACCCUACUGCCCACGAGAAGAGGGCUUUACAAGUUAUGGUAUCAUACAAGGGAGGAAAUGCUGGUAGUACUGACGUUGCGUCGUGUAUGGAGGUCCAAAUGGUAUCUCCUUUCGACCUGGAACGUGCAAUUCGGAAUGAGCCUGCUAGGUAUGAACCUUUGUUGGCAUACCGCAAGCGGUUAGGCGAAGACGUGAAGAGGGUUAGGCCGUCGACGUAUGAUGCGGGAAUCAUUUUCAUCGCUCUGGUCACGCCUGAGGGAGAGUGUAUCACAGUGAGGGGCCUGCCGGUAACAUUUGAAACUAGCGAAGCACUCAAGCCAGUGCCCAAAGGGUGGCAGCAUGCGAUCAUGGCGAAGUUGUCUUGUGGAAUCGUAGGGUUGGACGUGGACGUGCUCGCUGCAUGAUAAUUGGAACCGGAGGAUGUCAGUAUGUCUCAUAUUUGGCUUUGAUAACUUAUAAUUAUGUCUCCUACCAUUAUUCGCUUGCAAGGCGUAAGAUACUAAAUGUAUUCCUGGUAGAUUACUCCGCUUCAUUCAAGAGAUUAUCACGUCAGAAUCUUGCCAACUUAUCAAUGUAAAUCGUCUUUAUGCCUGGAUUCGAAUUUCGCGUGUACGCCAUCCUGAAGACCAUAAUAUAUGAUCAUUGAACGUUCGACUCUUUGACUGU